UGCCCUGCGUCACUUCCUCCCCACGUGAACCUCUCCGGACAUGUGAGCAGGAGAGAAGCAGACUCUUCUCUCAGAUCUUUAUAUUCUCCAUUUUAUACUCUCCCGUGAUGAUCAUCGAUCGCAUCAGCAUGGAGUCAGCCGAGGAAGAGGAGGACGAUGACAUGAUCAGUCUGUCCGAGGAGGAGGAUGAAGACGAAGACGAAGAAGGAGAAGAAGACGAAGACGAGGAGGAGGAGGACGAUGAUGAUGAGGAAAACAUCGAAUUAACAGACCAGCAGCUUCAAGAAGCCUUCGCCAAAGGGUUGUUGAAACCAGGGAUGAACGUUCUGGUGGACAAACACAAGAAGAUGACCAACAAUGCGGAGGGUUUGAAACAAUGCCUCGCCAACUUCCGUAAGGACCUCCCCUGGGUGGAGAGGCUGGAUCUGACCAACCCGCCGGCUGAUGACAUCAUCUCCAAGCUGGAGGGGAAAGUUUCCACCGCGGCCGACGGGCAGAUCAACGCAGACGACGACUUCCAGAGGGAGAUGUUCUUCUACCGUCAAGCUCAAGCUACAGUCAUGGAGGCGCUGCCCCUUUUAAAACAGCACAAGAUUUACACCAAGAGGCCGGAGGAUUACUUUGCAGAGAUGGCCAAGUCGGAUCAGCACAUGCAGAAGAUCAGGAAAAAGCUCAUUUCGAAGCAGUUGAUAAUCGAGAAGUCGGAGAAGGCCAAGAAACUGCGAGAGCAAAGGAAGUACGGCAAGAAGGUCCAAGUUGAAGUGAUCCAGAAGAGGCAGAAGGAGAAGAAGGCCAUGAUGUCCGCUGUGAAGAGAUACCAGAAAGGAAUGACCGACAAGCUGGAUUUCCUGGAAGGAGACCAGAAGCCCGGCAAGGACGCCGCUCAGGGCGCAAAGAAAACACCGAACAAGAAGGGCCCCAACUCCAAGAGGAAGUUCAAGGACCAGAAGUUUGGCUUCGGGGGCAAGAAGAGUGGAAAGAAGUGGAACACCAAAGAGAGCUACAACGACGUGUCCAGCUUCCGAGCCAAGGUGGCCAACGCAAAGGGAGCGGGGGGGAAGAAAUCGAUGGGGAAGAAAGGCAAAAAUGUCGGAAAUAAGAACAAGCGUCCGGGUAAGGCUGCUCGCAAGAAGGCGAAGACCCGUUAACAGGCUGGACUGAGACUUGCUCCCAGGAAGGAUUUCUGUUGAAAGGAAAACCUCCUGCAUUUGUUGGACAAUAUGUGUUCCUGUAAAAAUGAGUCUGGAUUCAUACGGAGGACCCUAUAAACCCUUUUCAAGCCGCAGAGCGACGUGAGAGGAGGCGACUGAGAAGAUGGACUGAGUCGCGUUUCCUCAAAACAAAGUUAUUUUUCCCACGUACAGUUUCCGUGAUGCUUGUGAAGAUCUUUGAAAUUGUCAUAAACACGUUUUUAUCAUU